GGUGCGCUGUGGUUUGACUACAGCAGCACUUCUCAGUCUACAAGUCAGACAGAACUUAACAGAACGGCUGUAGCGAUGUCGGAGGAGGAGGUUAACUACGCUUCGGUUGUAUUCCAAAAUAAAAAACAUCCUCCACCUGAAGCUAUAAAAGAGGAGGAAAUUGUGUACGAUGAAGUGAAGGUGCGAGACGAAACACCCGAACAAACUCCUGAUACAAAAGCAGGAUUCUUGCCAGACAAGAAAGCAAACAAAAGACGUCGCCACUAUCAGCAGUUGGCUUGUUGUUUGGGGAUUCUUUGUGUCAUUUUGCUGUUGGGCAUCAUAGCACUCUGUGUACUGCACUUUCCUCCAUUAAGUCAUGAGAGUGAUGUAAGGGAGCUGAACCAGUUAAAAGAAAACCAAACAGCUCUACUGGAGGCCAAUCGCAACCUGACAAACAACAACAACAAACUCAGCUCAGACAAUGAAAACUUGAGGAGGGACCACAACAAUCUGACCGUCCAGUUUGACAACCUGACAAAAGGCUAUACUGUCUUAGAAAGCAAGACCACAAGCCUGACUGCAGAAAACCAGAAGCUGAACACAAGUAACCAGGAGCUGGAGACACGAAACGGGGAGCUGGAGACACAGAAGAACAACUUAGCAGAACAAAUACGAGACAUGGAGACUAACAGGAAUGAGCUCAAUGUCAGUCGAGCUCAGUGGAGCAUUGAUGCCUACUGCACCAUAGCAAAUGGCCGAAAAUGUCAAGUUUGUCAGGAUGGCUGGAAAUACAACGACACCACCAAGCCCAGCUGCUAUGCGAUUAAUGACGCUGAGCUUGCUGAUCGGAGAACCUGGGAAGAAGCUCGAGAAGACUGCAGAGGAAAGAAUUCAAAUUUCGCUGUUAUACAUGAUCAAAAGGAGAAGAAAGUAAUCAAUGCUUACAGCUGGGGAAGUAAAGGAACCGCUGGAUACUGGAUUGGCCUGAGAGUUGAAGAUGGGAAAUGGAAGUGGAUCGAUGGAAGUUAUCUGACUGAAAGCAACUGGGCACAACCUCCGCCUCCUACUCCUCCUUCUGUCGGUCACUGUGCAAUUUCUGUCCAGGGUGUAGGAUGGAUAUCAAGGACAUGCGAUGACAAACAACAAUGGAUCUGCAAAAAGAACGCUUUAUCUCUUUAAACACACCGCAGUCAUACAUGAGAGGUUACUGGAUACUCUGUAAGGGUUAAUUACAUGUAAGAUAAUAUCAAUAUAAACUGUGUUUUUCAAAGAUAACAAAAACCCAAGGGAUUUUAUUUCUAUAAAGAAAAAGGUAAAACUAGUAACUGGAUAAAACUGUUUGUGUGUGUCUGAAAAAAAGGAUUAAAUGUAUAAUAAUAAUAAUAAUAAUAAUCAUAACUUUAUUUAUACACCAUUUUUCAAAAACAAGUUAAAAAAUGCUUUUUACAAAUACAUACAAAAUAUUAAUAUAAGUAUAAAUGCAGUUAGAUAUUGGAUUAUAUAGGUAUGGUGUGUUGGGCCUGAAGGGGCACUAACCUGUUGAUUAUUAAUAACUUUGAAUGUGUUUUUCUUCUACUUUGUUAGAGAUGCAGUGCUUAUAAUUUCUGUAUCAGCAGAUUGAAAAAAGGGACCAACAAGACUGCUGAGUUUCUUAUUUCUUAUGUGGCAUUUUAUAUUGUUGCUACUGAUUGGCCAGUAGGGGGCGCUGCACCACUUGUUCAUGACAAAUAUUCCAGAUUCUGUUUCCAUGUAGUAUUCUGAUGUAUAAAAUGCUUACUUGUACAGCUGAUGGUUAAGUGUUAUCUAUCUAUCUAGAAGCAAGUUCAUGUUUUAGUCACCAGUGAAUAAAUGUGCUUCCACAUAUUG